AUGGCCAUCGAGCCAGGAGACCCACGCCUUCCUCGCUAUGUGGAAGGGUCUGUAGAACCAGUCUAUAGGAAAAAGUCCUUUUCAAAGGGUGUUGCCCUCUAUCUUCUGCACAGAGACUACUGGUCAAAUGCGGAGACCAACUACCGAAGGCGAAGUGAAGGCAAAUACGAGCAGCCCCACGAGUGCACAGGGGAGGACCCGCCUGACUGGAAGCCUGGCUAUGAACCCUGGCUUGAUGGUUGGGUGGAAGGUAUUGCUCAUGUCAACCCUUGGCUACUGGAAUUUGGUAGUUACGUUUAUGCUCAAGUGGAAGCCCACUACCGUUUCUAUCGCAGCGAACUGGAUGCAUUUGAUUUUGAGAUUGACGAAACCGUCUUUUCGGCGAGGGUUCAGCUAAAUCCACCACCCUGCUCUCGAGAGGGCUUUACCUGUUUUGCCAAUCCCCCACACGACAUUAACAGCUACAGUGCACCACUCCGUCAGCUGUAUGAAAAACUCGGGGGUCCUGCUGGAGCCAGAUCAAUGCAACAUGAAUUACUGACACCUUACGGAGUUAUCCCUGGACAUGCCCUAAAUAAUCGCUCACAAUAUACGUUUGUGCCUCAGACUAAAGCAGUCAAGUCGUCUGGAUUUCCUGAUCACCCGUAUGUGACGUACAAUUUCCCUUUUCGGUUCGAUAUAAACCGCGGACCGGACUCAGUUUAUAUGAAGUCGAACAAACCAGCCCCCAAUGGGAAUCACCCGGUACCCAAAACGCGCCAUGAACUCUUCAUGGAUGCUGUCUAUGGUUUCGCCAACGAUGCAUCCGACAGUGACCCUGAGGCCCCUGACACAUCGGAAGAUGACGAUGAUUUCUUGCCUCGCAUUCGACACCCACGUGAGCCAGUAAAGAAAAAACAUGGAGUCCGGAAAAUAGAUCUUAGAAUGCAAAACUACAAAGACCGAUUCCACAAAGACUGCUACCCAUGGCGCCCAAGGCAACACAAAGCACCAAAGGCCGGAAUCUACUGGACUGUCACAGUUUAUGCAACAAUGCAGCCCACAGCAAAACCAAUCAGACAACAUACAGCAACUAUGACUAUCAGGAAGCUAAGUUUCCUGCCCCGCAUGAUUGCUUUGCAUCAUCGAAUUCCUCCAACAAUUACCACCGACUACUGCCUUGCCGUUGGACCACGAGCAAACACCGACGCCGGCGUGAUAACUCUCAACGGUGAGCUAGACAAAAUGAUCUACGGGCCGGGUGAUCCCGUGAUUGUUUACAUCAAGGUUCACAAUACUUCAAAUCGCGUAGUCCAGCAACUAACGGUGGAGGUAAAUCAAUGUAUUCGCGUGGCUUCUUGGAGCAAUCGUGUCUGGAGGAUUACAAUUUGCCGGCGGGAGAUAACCGCCGAGAACCCGGAUGCAGAAAUGCCCAUUUUACCGGCAACAGAGCAGGUGAAACUGAACGUUCGCAUGAACCCCUUCUGCAUAGAAAAGCAAUAUAGUCAUUUGUUUUAUGAUAAGUGGCACAAACGGAGACUGCCUAAAGUGCCCAUUGAGGAGGAGGCCUACACACUCCGCAUGCCGACCACUCCGGGAAUAUUUUACGCUGUCGAGCAACCCGGUCGGCACGAACCGGUCCCGCUCACUUUUAUCCUGCGCAGGAGACCAGCAUUCUCUACGCUGCCGGGCGUAAUUGAUAGUCUUAUUGAGAAUUAUCCAGGCAAAUUGCCCACGAUAAGGGAACCCCUGGAGAGAGAGACUAAGGACCUCUGGAGCGAGAACCCCUAUGGGCGCUGUCGCUGCUUCCGACGGCCCCGUGAUGAAAACUCAGAAGCUCGCUGCAAAAGGAUGCCGCCGGAUGAGCCCUACCAAAUCCCUGUGCAUGGAUACGACAUAUACGACGAAGAGGAGGAGAGAGACCCUCAGAUGGCCGCCCGAAAUGAGUUGGCUCCAAGGUGUGCUCGUUGUGGUGGUGCCUGGCCAUCCAGCAUUCAACCCGUAUAUAUAAAUUAUGAGGUGGUGGUGUCAGCAGUUCUACGCCCACAAGAGAUUCCUGAUCCACUGGCCCAAGACUCGCUCUCAAAGGCACUGGGACUCAGCUCUGGUCUCGCCCUUCCUCCUAAAGGCCACAUUGAGGGCCCGGACGGGCCACGAAUCUCCCUUCCUCUCCUCUACUCUGUCCCUGAGCCCGUUCCUGAGGUGCCCAUACCCGUUGCCAACUAUAAUGUCGAUCAACGUCAGGACCGUCCGCCGAAGUUCCCACCGAAACCAAAGGUCUGGGAACCCAGUGAUGGAAAAGGUCUGUUUGUUAAAAAUCAGGAAAGAGCGGCGCCUUGUCCCACUGGAGAUGAAAUCAAGGUGAAGCUAUAG